CUCUACUUUUUCUCUAUGUUCUUUGUGGGAGCAACGAAUCCGUUCCCAGAUCAUACCAUUUUCCAAACUCCGACGUCAGGUGUGCGCUGUGCUUCGCGGGACCCAGCAGUGGCUCCCGCCGCUAUUUCAACCUCUCAGCAGUUUAACAGAUCGCCGUCCUUCGUAGUUCGUUCUCUCCGGAGUGUGCCGCCGUAGAACAUUGGGAUACGCUAUCGGAUUCUGAAACGGAAACCCUAGCUCCACCAAUCCUUGAGCAUCUCCGUUUGCUGUUCCACGCUAUUCAUGCUGUGAAUAGCUCAUUUGCUUUCAUUUUCUUUUGGAGGUCACAGGAGUGGAGAUUAGCCGAUGGCGCUUAUACCCCGCUUGUAUACUUGCCAAAAUUUUCAAUCUGAGAUGGCGAGUGGCUUGCAGUGCAAUGCUAAUUCGAUGAUGAUCAGUCUUAGACCAAAGGUUGAAGUUGUGUGCUAUUCGUCUUUCGUGAGGAGCGCCAAGAGGAAGCAACAGGGCCUGCGCUUGGAGUUUCCUGAAGUAGAGCGAGGGCGUCAAGUCACUGUAGCAGCGAGUCCUCCAGCGGAGGAUACAACUGUGUUGACUCAACCUUUGACAAAAGAAGAUCUUGUUGCCUAUCUUGCUUCUGGCUGCAAGCAAAAGGAGCAAUGGAGGAUAGGUACAGAACAUGAGAAGUUUGGCUUCGAAGUUAAAACACUUCGCCCUAUUAGCUAUGAACAAAUUGCAGCCUUGCUAAAUGGAAUUGCUGAGAGAUUUGAAUGGGACAAAAUUAUGGAGGGGGACCAUGUCAUUGGACUUAAACAGGGAAAGCAAAGUAUCUCACUUGAACCUGGUGGCCAGUUUGAGCUUAGUGGCGCACCCCUUGAAACUUUGCAUCAAACCUGUGCAGAAGUCAAUUCACAUCUUUAUCAGGUAAAAGCUGUGGCUGAGGAAAUGGGCAUUGGUUUCUUAGGAAUUGGUUUUCAGCCAAAAUGGGCGUUGAAGGAUAUUCCUAUUAUGCCUAAGGGAAGGUACGAGAUAAUGAGAAACUACAUGCCAAAAGUUGGGUCUUUGGGACUUGAUAUGAUGUUCCGCACCUGUACUGUUCAAGUCAAUCUAGACUUCAGUUCUGAAUCAGAUAUGAUCAGGAAGUUCCGUGCUGGUCUUGCUUUGCAGCCCAUCGCAACUGCAAUAUUUGCAAAUUCACCAUUUACUGAAGGAAAACCAAACGGUUUUCUAAGCAUGAGAAGCCAUAUCUGGACUGAUACUGAUAACAACAGGGCCGGAAUGCUUCCUUUUGUUUUUGACGACUCUUUUGGGUUUGAGGCAUAUGUGGAUUAUGCUUUAGAUGUUCCCAUGUACUUUGUCUACCGCAAAAAAAAGUAUAUAGAUUGCUCCGGAAUGUCAUUUCGGGACUUCCUGCAUGGCAAGCUUCCUGCAAUACCUGGGGAGCUACCAACACUUGUUGAUUGGGAGAAUCAUCUAACAACAAUUUUUCCUGAGGUGAGACUGAAAAGGUACUUAGAAAUGAGAGGUGCAGAUGGAGGGCCUUGGAGAAGAUUGUGUGCUUUGCCAGCAUUUUGGGUUGGUUUGUUAUAUGAUGAGAUUUCAUUACAAAGUGUUUUAGACAUGACUGCUGAUUGGACUAAAGAAGAAAGACAAACAUUAAGGAUUAAGGUACCAGUGCUUGGUUUGAAGACGCCAUUCCGGAGCGGGCUGUUAAGAAAUGUAGCAGAAGAUGUUUUGGCACUAGCUAAGGAUGGCCUGGAAAGAAGGCUUUGUAAGGAAGCUGGUUUUUUGAAUGAAGUCACGGAGGUGGUUGCAACAGGAGUAACACCUGCUGAGAAGCUCUUAGAGAUGUACAACAGAGAUUGGGGAUGCAGUGUAGAUCCAGUUUUCCAGGAAUUGUUAUAUUAGCUUUUUUUUACCCCUAAAUUUUCCCUAUUUUUUUCUUGGGAAUAAACUACGAUUGUCUUACAUCUCAAAUAAUUGAGCUCUGGUCUCUAGCUGCCUAUUUCUGCUGCUUUGGACGGAAGCAAGCAUGUUAUUGUCGAUAGCUAUCAACCAAGAAUUUGUAAACUGAAAUCUUAAUAUUGGUUUCCUGUCUUUACCAGCAGAGAUAGUUUGGUAAACUUUAGUGAAACUAUUGUUGUUGGCGAUAUCCUCUUAUAUUCUGAAACAACCGAUUUUUCACUCUUGGAACAAUAUGUAAUAUAUGAUAUAAGUAAUUC